AUGGGCGGAAAGGGGAAGAUACCCCCGGGGGGUGUAAAUUCUAAGGCUUUUGAAAAUCAUUCCUUGAUGUUCCCCAAUGCUUAUCCGCCACAUUUAACCCUUUGGGGGCAUGAUAAGUCAGACGAUACCUGGAAGAUGUGUUCCAUCAUACAUGCAAGGCCCAGAACCGGAGUAGAGUUGAUUCAAACUAAAUUCGAUCAAUUAGACGCGUCAGAUUUUGAUUACUAUAUACAUUGGCAAGGGCUGGAUCGUAGGUUGGAUUGUUGGAUUCCCUGGGUAGAUUUGAGGUCUCUGGAAGAUGAACCUGAAGAGGGCAAGAUUUUGCGUAUCGAAAAUGACGGUAGCGAAUCUCACCAUGGAGGAAUGGAUGCGGAAUAUCUCAGAGAGCAUGAGAAUAAUACCAAACUUAAGACCAUUUUGAAGAUUAAACUGGGUAAACACUUAGUGGAUACAUGGUACUUUUCUCCCUAUCCUAAAGAUUAUCAAAAUUUGGAUGUUUUGUAUAUCUGCGAAUUUUGUCUCAACUUUUUCAGAUAUGAAACUGAGAUGAAUAGACAUAUUGUCAGGUGUGAAAUAAGACAUCCUCCUGGAAAUGAGAUUUAUAGAGAUGGUAAAAUUUCCAUGUUUGAAGUUGAUGGAUCUCUUAAUCGCGUCUAUUGUGAGAAUUUAUGCUAUCUAUCAAAAUUGUUCCUUGAUCACAAGAGUUUGAGACACACUGUCAAUCUGUUCCUGUAUUACAUAUUGACAGAGUAUGAUGAUAAUGGUUAUCACAUUACUGGUUAUUUUUCCAAAGAAAAGCAUAGUAAAAAUAAUGUGUCAUGUCUAUUGUGUCUGCCUCAACACCAGAGGAAGGGUUAUGGUAAAUUUCUGAUUUGUUUUAGCUACCUGCUUUCCAGAAAGGAAAAAAAGGUUGGGACGCCUGAGCGUCCAUUAUCAGAUCUGGGCAAAGCUUCAUACAUGUCCUACUGGGGGAAGUGUCUGUAUGAUAUACUAAGAGAUGAAAGUGUCAAUCAGUAUUCUAUCCAGGAAAUAUCUUCAAUGACAUGUUUUGAAGGGGCGGAUAUAGUAGCGUGCCUGGAGGAGAGGGGAUUGUUACAUACCUUAUCCAGUGGCGAGCCGAUAAUAAUUGCCAAUGAACAGUUGCUAGAGAAAUUGAAGGGGGAGAGUAGCGUGAAAACCCGUAUUGCAGAUGCGGAUAAGCUGCACUGGAUACCCUACGACAUGUACAAUGAGACACACGAGUUGAAUCUGCCUCAUUAA